AUGGUAGCGUCAAUCAAAUCGGCCGGAAAAUUAUCGGAAAGUUCAAUCAGGUCGCAGGACGACUUGGAAAAAGUUGUUGAACAGGAACAACCCAAGAAGAAGUGGAGAUGGAGAGUCGACACCUCGGAUGCUCCUAAGGAGAUUUUCAACAGAACUUUGUACUUGUCCAUUCUUGUUUUUGGUGUUCUUGGUUCUGCUCGUGGUUACGAUGAGGGUAAUAUUUCCGGAACUCUUGCUCAAGUUUCUUUUAAGAAAACUUUUGGUCUUUCUGAUCCUCACAAAUCGAAAGAUGAAGUUGCCAACUUGAAGUCUAACAUCGCUGCCAUGGUGCAAUUGGGAUCGAUUGGUGGUUCUCUUCUUGCCAUGUACACCGUUGACAGACUUGGUCGUAUUCGUGCCCUUCAACAAGUUUGUAUUAUCUGGAUUAUUGCUGCUAUCAUUCAAAUCACCUCCAAGAAUGUGGGUCAAUUGUACGCUGGAAGACUUAUCGAAGGAUUUGCAAUCGGUCAAACAACUACUAUUGGACCACUUUAUACCGCUGAAGUGGCUCCUCCACAAAUUAGAGGUAUGUGUGGUUGUAUUUUUGCCGGAGCUGUGUACUUUGGUAUUAUGAUGGGAUACUUUGCCAACUAUGGUACUGCUCUUCAUAUGCUGAACACCUCGCAAGUUCAAUGGAUAGCACCUACUUCUAUCAAGAUUGUUUUAGCAGGGUUAAUUUUCAUCGGUUCCUUCUUACUUUGUGUUGAAAGUCCCAGAUGGUUGGUCAAAGUUGGAAAAGUUGAAUUGGCUGCUCAAAAUUUGUCCAAGACCAGGCACUUACCCCCAGACCAUCCAUACAUUGUGGGCGAGGUUGCCGAUAUCAAUGAGCUGAUUGCCAUUGAACAAGAAGCCAUUUCAGGUAGCGGAGUUUUCGACAAAAUCAGAGAAAUUCUUACCGUCAAGUCAGUGAGAUACAGAUUCUUUGCCGUGGCUACAAUGUCGCAACUUUUGGGUCAAUGGAGUGGAGCCAAUGCCGUGACGAUUUAUUCCCCAGAAUUGAUGGGCUUUGCUGGUUACAAAGGUGUUGAGAGAUUGAAGAUGACUGCCGUGUUGGGUGUGGUCAAGUUUAUCAGUGCCUACGCUUCUGCUUUCUUCAUCAUCGAUUUUUUGGGACGGAGAAAGGCAUUGUACACUGGUAUUACCCUUCAAAUGAUUUCGAUUUUGUUCUUUGCAAUUUUCGUCACCGUUGUUCCAAAUGCUACUGAAGACGUCCCGCUUCCUUUGACCGCUUCCGAAGACAGAGCAGCCAAGGCCGCUUUGGCAUCUUUGUAUCUCAGUGGUGUGGGCUGGACCAUGGGUUUCAACAGUAUUCAAUAUCUUCUUGGUUCGGAAAUCUUCCCAUUGCGUAUUCGUUCGUUUGCUCAAUCUGCUAUCAUGGUGUUGCACUUUGCUAACCAGUACGGUAACUCCAAGGCACUUCCAAAGAUGCUUCUUAGCAUGCACAAGUUUGGAGCUUUCUACUUUUUCGUGGGAAUCAUGGCGAUCUCUCUUUUCUGGGCUUGGUUCUUUGUACCUGAGGUCGCAGGUCGGUCUUUGGAAAGUAUGGAAGAUAUCUUCAGCUUGCCAUGGUACAUGAUUGGACGUAAGGGUGCUGAAUUGUGUCCUGAUCACUCGGAAGUUAGUAAGAUCCACGUUAAUAGCUCGGGGCAUGGUAAUGCUUACGACGGAAAGUUGGACUACGACGAGAAGACUUCGGUUCACCACGAUGAGGGAAACAGUCUUAUGGUGAAGGACUCGAACGAGAAGGAUCUCGAGAAGGAGGUCAAGAAGUAA